UCUUAAAGGAGAAUAGAAAGAUUUAUGAAAUUCAAAUAUUUUAGAAUGUGAUAAUUUAGAAGUGCGAGUGUGAUAGCGACUAGCAUAUAUACUGCAACAUCUUGUAAUUAAAUAGCAGUUCUUACAGAUAUACAGUGCAAUCAAUUCUCUACACAUCAACUUCCUCCGCUGAUUAUAAAAAAUGAGAAUCUUUACAAGAAGCAUGGCUCUUGCUUUAGCGGUCGUUUUUAAUUAUAUUGAAUUAGGUUCGCAGACGGAAACUAAUUCAGUAUUCGAAGGACAAGUGCGCAGAAUUCCGAUAUCAGAUAUUGGUCGUGUUUCAAUAUUGCACUGUUUGCCAUGCAUAGCACCAUUAAUUUUAUUACGGAAACGUGUUGGUACAGAAGUAAAGGAGUUCACCAAACGUACCACCUUAUUAAAAAAGGGGAUUUUCAUCUAUGGAUGGGAUAAUGAAGGUGUUGUUGAUGAAUUAUAUGAUACGGCUGGUCGUCGGAUAGUAUUGCAGGGAACAACAAUACGUUACGUAAAAAAUACGGAUGCAUUUCGUGAAACUUUCUGUAUAGGUGAAUCUGUAUCUGCUCUUGUGACUGCUGCACAAUAUCCUAUUUUUCCCGCCGGUACAUCAAGACCGAGAGAGUAAAUGAUUUUGGAUUUUUGUGGGCUGAACUAAAUUUU